AUGCGCAGAGAUGCAGUAAACAGGCGAGCCAGCUCCUCCCCCUUACGGCCGCUCUCGGGUAGAGAGAGUGAGCGGUGGCGGCUGCGCAGUGGGGGCACAUCCGGGCACUGGGGCAGGAUGAAUGCUCCUUUCCAAGAUGGCGGCGGAGGGAGGAGGGAAGGAGAUGAACGAGAUUAAGACCCAGUUCACCACCCGGGAGGGGCUGUACAAGCUGCUGAGCCACUCGGAGUACAGCCGGCCCAACCGGGUGCCCUUCAACUCGCAGGGCUCCAACCCAGUCCGCGUCUCCUUCGUCAACGUCAACGACCAGAGCGGCAACGGCGACCGGCUCUGCUUCAAUGUGGGCCGGGAGCUCUACUUCUACAUCUACAAGGGGGUCCGCAAGGCUGCUGACUUGAGUAAACCAAUAGACAAAAGGAUAUACAAAGGAACGCAACCUACGUGUCAUGACUUCAAUCACUUAACAGCCACAGCAGAAAGUGUCUCUCUACUAGUGGGCUUCUCUGCAGGCCAGGUCCAACUUAUAGACCCUAUUAAAAAAGAAACUAGCAAAUUAUUUAAUGAGGAAAUCACAUUGGAGGUGUGGGUGGGCAGCGUGAUGGAUCAGCUCAGAGUUUACAAAUAUCUAUUGGGCACCAUGGCUGGACUAGCAGGCUCAAGCAGCCAGAGACUAAUAGACAAGUCCAGAGUAACCUGUGUAAAAUGGGUACCAGGUUCGGAAAGCCUUUUCCUAGUAGCUCAUUCCAGUGGAAAUAUGUACUUGUAUAACGUGGAGCACACUUGUGGUACCACAGCCCCACACUACCAGCUACUUAAGCAAGGAGAAAGUUUUGCAGUCCACACUUGCAAGAGUAAAUCCACAAGAAAUCCUCUACUUAAAUGGACCGUAGGCGAGGGUGCCCUGAAUGAAUUUGCUUUUUCCCCCGAUGGGAAAUUUUUGGCGUGCGUGAGCCAAGAUGGCUUUCUUCGUGUGUUUAACUUUGAUUCAGUGGAGUUACAUGGUACAAUGAAAAGCUACUUUGGGGGACUACUAUGUGUGUGUUGGAGCCCAGAUGGGAAAUACAUUGUAAUAGGUGGAGAGGAUGACUUGGUAACGGUUUGGUCUUUUGUGGACUGUCGAGUAAUAGCUAGAGGCCACGGACAUAAAUCAUGGGUUAGUGUUGUGGCAUUUGACCCAUAUACCACUAGUGUAGAAGAGAGUGACCCAAUGGAAUUUAGUGGUAGUGAUGAGGAUUUCCAAGACCUUCUUCAUUUUGGUAGAGAUCGAGCAAAUAGUACACAAUCUAGGUUAUCAAAAAGGAACUCUACAGACAGUCGUCCAGUAAGUGUUACAUAUAGGUUUGGUUCCGUAGGCCAAGACACACAGCUCUGUUUGUGGGACCUUACAGAAGAUAUUCUCUUCCCUCACCAACCUCUAUCAAGAGCAAGGACACACACAAAUGUUAUGAAUGCCACAAGUCCACCUGCAGGAAGUGGUGGAACUAAUCCAGGAAGUAAUGGAAACAGUAUCACAACACCUGGAAACUCAGUACCUCCUCCUCUUCCACGGUCAAACAGCCUUCCACAUUCUGCAGUCUCAAAUGCCGGCAGUAAAAGCAGUGUCAUGGAUGGUGCCAUUGCUGCUGGUGUUAGUAAGUUUGCAACAUUAUCGCUACAUGAUCGGAAAGAAAGACACCAUGAAAAAGAUCACAAGAGAAAUCAUAGCAUGGGACAUAUAUCUAGCAAGAGCAGUGACAAACUGAACCUAGUUACUAAAACCAAAACGGACCCAGCUAAAACUUUGGGAACACCUCUCUGUCCCAGAAUGGAAGAUGUUCCCUUGUUAGAGCCUCUUAUCUGUAAAAAGAUAGCACAUGAAAGACUGACUGUGUUAAUUUUUCUUGAAGACUGUAUAGUCACUGCUUGUCAGGAGGGAUUUAUUUGCACAUGGGCAAGGCCUGGUAAAGUGGGUUUAUUGUCAUCCCAAAACCAGGCCAAUUCUCCAAGUGGAACUGUAGUAUAGCCAUCACACUACUGCUAGCGAAUCUUUGAACACAGGACAAGAAGUAAUGACAGUGGAACCAGGAGCUGUUCUUCAUGCAGAGAGCAUCAGAAAUUAUAAAAUGGCAGAGUGUAAACUUGGAAUUAUGUGAAUCACAUAAUACUUUGCAAAAGAAUAAUGUAAUGAAUUCUUAGUAUGGCUAAUACUUCUAGGCUGCUCACCCAAAGAAGAAUUUUCCUUUUAAAAAAGAAAUGCUUCAUUUGGUGUUGCAGUAAAAAUUAUUUUUUUCUCAGUUUUCUUUAUACUUUUCAAGUUCGGUGUAAUUUAAUCUAUAUAUAUAUAUAGAGAGAGAGAGAGAGAAAGAUGUGUAAAAUAAAGUAUGUUUCUUAAAUCCAAGUAAGUUCAAUGGUUAUAUAAAUUAGUACUUCACCCUUGUUUGUUUUUGCACUGAUUUUUUUUAACCAGAGAUGGUUAGAAGACAGCCUGGAAUGCACUCAUGGAAAACGAAAGUCAUUACUUUCUGGCUUAAAAAUGUAAUUCAGGAAGAUGGAUGCUGCAAUCAUAGGUUUUUUUUUAAUUAAAAUAAAAUUGUUUGCACUUAAAUAGUUUAAUGCUAGUAGAGAAUUACUUUAAAAUGGGUAUUCAGACACCCAGAAAAGCUAUGUUGUGGAGAAAAGAUAUCCUUUGUAUCCAUGAAACAUUUAUUUUAAUAUUGUUUCCAAUUGCAAUCAGCUCUGUAUUAUAUGUAUAAAUGUAAUUCAGUGAUGGGGAGGAAAAUGGAUCAGUACACUAGUAAUUUUCAUCAUCUAAAAGAUAUUUCUAAUUCUGAAAAUACAUAUUAAACUAUCUUGAAUAUGCA